UCCGGGUCUCCCUGCGCUGGUUCUGGCGAGCCCGCUGACUGAUGAUUGACUGUGCGUGUUGGCCAGAGCACCACAAUUACUGAUUUUUCACUUCAUUCGUAAUGAGCACCUCUCUCACCAACAGCCUUCAACAUAUUUGCAUCACGUAAAUGCUGGUAUUGCAUCGGUUUAUCUUGUUGAUCUAUGCACAAGCAUAAGCUGAUUUAUUCACGCAAUUUGCUCUGAGAGUCCUCAGUACAAUGACUCAAGCUGAAAUUAAACUGUGUUCUUUACUGCUGCAAGAGCAUUUUGGAGAGAUAGUAGAAAAAAUUGGAGUCCACCUCAUCAGAACUGGCAGUCAGCCACUGAAAGUAAUUGCCCAUGACACGGGAACAUCGCUGGAUCAGGUGAAAAAAGCCCUCUGUGUCCUCAUCCAACAUAACUUGGUGCUGUAUCAGGUGCACAGACGUGGUGUGGUGGAGUAUGAAGCCCAGUGUAACCGAGUACUGCGAAUGCCUCGAUAUCCCAGAUACAUCUAUACUGCCAAGACUCUGUACAGCGACACUGGGGAAUUGAUCGUGGAGGAACUGCUCCUGAAUGGAAAAAUGACAAUGUCAGCAGUGGUGAAGAGAGUGGCCGACCGGCUCACGGAGACCAUGGAGGAUGGCAAGACCAUGGACUACGCAGAGGUAGCAAACACAUUUGUGCGACUCGCAGACACACACUUUGUGCAGCGUUGCCCCUACGUGCCCACCACUGAGAAUUCAGAUCCUGGACCGCCACCGCCUGCCCCUACUCUUGCCAUCAGUGAAAAAGACAUGUACGUGGUUCCGAAGCUGAGCUUGAUAGGGAAAGGUAAAAGGAGGAGAUCAUCUGAUGAAGAUGCUUCUGGGGAGCCCAAGGCCAAGAAACCCAAACAUGCCGCAGAUAGCAAAGAGCCCACUCCAGACGAUGGGAUUUACUGGCAAGCCAACCUGGACAGGUUCCACCAGCACUUCCGGGACCAGGCCAUUGUGAGCGCUGUCGCCAACAGGAUGGAGCAGACCAGCAGUGAGAUUGUGCGAACCAUGCUCCGAGUUAGUGAGGUCACCACACCUUCUUGCGCCAUUUUCACGCAGCCCUUGUCCUCCAAUGAGAUCUUCAGAUCCCUGCCUGUGGGCUAUAAUAUCUCUAAGCAAGUUCUUGAUCAGUAUCUCACUCUCCUGGCUGAUGAUCCGCUGGAGUUUGUUGGGAAGACCGGCGACAGUGGUGGAGGAAUGUAUGUCAUCAAUUUACAUAAGGCUCUUGCAUCCCUGGCCACCGCUACUCUGGAGUCUGUCAUUCAGGAGAGAUUUGGAUCUCGCUGUGCCAGAAUAUUUCGUCUAGUUUUGCAAAAGAAACACCUGGAGCAGAAGCAGGUGGAAGACUUUGCAAUGAUUCCAGCCAAAGAGGCAAAGGAUAUGCUUUAUAAGAUGCUUUCAGAAAAUUUCAUAUCACUCCAGGAAAUUCCCAAAACGCCAGACCAUGCUCCCUCCCGGACCUUCUAUUUAUACACAGUGAACAUCUUGGCAGCUUCCAGAAUGUUGCUGCACAGGUGCUACAAGAGCAUAGCCAACCUGAUGGAAAGAAGGCAGUUUGAAACCAAAGAGAACAAGCGCCUUCUGGAGAAGUCUCAGCGAGUAGAAGCCAUCAUCGCAUCUAUGCAGGCAACAGGUGCCGAGGAGACACAGCUACAGGAAAUAGAGGAAAUGAUCACAGCCCCUGAACGUCAGCAGCUCGAGACCCUGAAACGUAAUGUUAACAAGUUAGAUGCCAGUGAGCUCCAAGUAGAUGAAACCAUCUUUCUUCUGGAAUCAUACAUUGAGAGCACCAUGAAGAGACUCUGACCCAGAAUAAGAGAGAUUUGAAGGAAAAAUAAAGACUGUCUCAUGGCCAGAGGAUG